GUAACUCACAAUCAUAUUCAUUUUUUUGUGUUAUUUGUCUAACCAAUAUCAAUAUAGGUCAAUAAACAUAAAUUUGAUAUCAAAUUAUACUUUUAAUAUUUAAAUUAACACUAACAGAACAAAAAAUAAAAAAAGAUCAUCUCUAAAAAAAAGAAUUACGGGGUAACAUUUAAUAAUAAAAAAAUAAAUAUGGAAAACCCCAAUUAAGCAAUUUAAUCCCAAAAACACCCCCAUUCCAAAACCCUAAUCCGCAGCAACUGGGUUUUAUAUGCUUAACUCUUUCAGAAUGGCGGGUGUGAAGAAAGAACAAAAAAAUGCAGAUUUUCGUGAAAACUCUAACCGGGAAGACCAUCACCCUCGAGGUUGAAUCGAGCGACACUAUUGACAAUGUCAAGGCUAAGAUCCAAGACAAGGAAGGCAUUCCACCGGACCAGCAGCGAUUGAUCUUUGCGGGAAAGCAGCUUGAAGAUGGCCGCACCCUCGCUGAUUACAAUAUCCAAAAAGAAUCUACUUUGCAUUUGGUUCUGAGACUUCGCGGUGGGAUUAUUGAACCAUCUCUCAUGGCCUUGGCGAAGAAAUAUAAUCAGGAGAAGACGAUUUGCCGCAAGUGCUAUGCCCGCCUGCACCCUCGAGCAGUCAACUGCAGGAAGAAAAAGUGUGGCCAUACCAACCAGCUGAGGCCAAAGAAGAAGCUCAAGUAGGCAUCUUUGUUGCUGCAGCACUUGGAUUGCUCCUGUGCUGGAUUUUUUGGGAGAUAUUGUUUCCUAGUUACUGUUUUGUUGGGUUCUAUAAUAUCUAUUUCUUGUAACCGUCUUGAAUUCUUGAUGUUUCUAUUUUUUUAAUCUGCUCAUCAUAACAUACAUUAACAUUAUAACAUGACCUG